AUGGCUGGAAGGAACAUCUCACGGUGUUCCUUCCAUACUACUUGUGGACUGUUAGGAACAUCACAUUAUUUUCCUUCCACACUACUUGUGGGCUGGAUUAAAUUAAAAUAUAUUCACUUUAAAUUUAGACAAAAUAACAGUGAAAGUUGGCCACCUAAAUUGAUGGUCCUCAACAAAUUACAACCACAACAUUCUCCCCAGAUUAAUACAGAAAAUGCCAGGAGAAGUGCUAGACGUUUCUUUAAUCCUGUACCGGCUGAGGCUAUAGAACAAGAUGAGCUACGUUUGAGGCAAAGACGAGCAGAAGAAAAGACUCAAGAUGUUGUGGCUGUUUCUACAGUAACAAAUGACGGAUUACAGGGAAUGGAUUGGAGCUUCGGUAGGGAUUUUCGGGAUUUAAUUAGGUGAACUUUAAAUACGAGGACAAACGGAUACUUUGACAAAAGGGUACAUUCGACAUAAGGGUAAACGACAAAAGGGUACAUUCG